AUGGAACACGGUAAGAUGGAUGAUGAAGUGGCGACGAAUGUUUGGAGGACGAAGAGCGGGGACAGAGAUUCCGUGCUCCAACGUGAGCUGCGUUACGAGAAGUGGAAGAUGGCUGUCGAACGGUCGCUGGGUUGGGAAUCCCCGAAACUGAGGAAAAAGAUAAUGCCAGGUAUUGAUGCUGAUCCUGCCUUGCGCGUUGCGUGCUGAAAAGUGAAAAAAAGAAACACUGGUCUUGUUUUUCUGUCCGUAUAUCCAUCGGUUCAUCUGUGCAUGCGGAUUAUUUUCCCCCUUACGGUGCUGUUUCGGGUUUUGAUUUGUUGCCGCAGUCGGUUGGGACAGGAAGCCGAAGACCAAUGCGUAGUCAUUCUUGAGUGCAAUUGGAACAUCGUGGCUGGUUAUGGUGUUGUGCAUCCUCAGUUAUCCCGGUUUUGUUCGACGUUAGUCGUUCGUUUCGGUUGCUUAGGAAAUUAUGUAGGUGCAAUAUUGUGUUGAUUCUCACCGUGUUCAUGAUUUGUAGAACAUUUGCUUAACCUGCUUUGGCUGCUGGGAGUCUUUCCGAUGCGAGUCGCUUGUCGAUAGAUAAGUUUCGUGCUCUUCAGAUUCCAGGUAUAACCUCUUGGCUUCGAUUCCGGGAACCAUGUUUCUCAUGACGACGGUCGGGCUUCUGAUCCUUGGGGAAAAGACCAAGAAUAUGCAGAACUGAUUUUCUCUUUCUGCAACUUUAUCGUUCCUUGAGUGCAAUACAUGGAUCGUUAUUUCUGUGGUGCUUGAAAGAAAAUUGAGGUUACAUGGAGCAUUUUCAUGGAAUAAAUUUUGCUCUGUGUGGGCUUCCAUGAUUUCACUCAUUAUUCCGGCGAUGAGGAAAGUGAUUGGUUUUUGAUGUGGUUCUGGGCGAUAGACAGAAUAUACACUGGUACUUUU